GGAAAAGGGUAGAAUGUCUUUUUCGGGUCAGGGAUGAAGUCCUGCCCCAUGUGGAGGAGUUUAAGUAUCUCGGGGUCCUCGAAUGAAGGAAAGCUGGACCGCGGGAUCGACAGGUGGAUUGGUGCUGCGUCUACAGUGAUGCGGGCGUUGUGCCGGUCUGUUGUGGUGAAGAGAGCUGAGCCGGAAGGCGAAGCUCUCAAUUUACUGGUCGAUCUACGUUCCUACCCUCACCUAUGGUCUCUUUCUUUAGGUAGGUGAAAGGAUGAGAUCGUGGAUACAAGCAGCUGAAUUUAGUUUUCUUUGUGGGCUGGCUGGGCUCUCCCUUAGAUAGGGUGAGAAGGUUGGUCAUCUGGGAGGGGCUCGGAGUAGAUCCGCUGCUCCUCCACAUCGAGAGGAGCCAGUUGAGGUGGCUCGGGCAUCUGGUAACCUGGUAUCCUGGACACCUUCCUGGUGUGAUUUUACGGCACGUCCAACCAGGAGGAGACCCAGGACAUGCUUGAAGGACUUUUUCCUGUCUGGUCAGGGACCACCUUGAAAUUCCCCCGGAGGAGCUGACUCAAGUGGCUGGGGAGAGAGAAGUCUGGACCUCCCUGCUUAGGCUGCUGUCCCAGCUACCUGACUCCGGAUAAGCGGAAGAGAUUGAAUGGAUGGCAAAAAAACAACAACAAUAUAACAGAAUGUUAGCAGGUUAAUGACACAAGUUAGUUUACAGAGCAUAAAUAGUAAUCAGGGUGAAUAAAACAAAUGUUUGAGCAUUUUUUUCCAACAGGCUGGAAUAAAAUACAGUAAAUACCAUUAUUAGUGUCUGUUCUUCACACUGACAUGCACCUCUCAGGAGAGGAUCGCCUCCUGUCCUGUCACUAAUCCGCCUCACUCCUAUCCAGCUGGUGUUUUUACCAGAUUUACGCACACACACACACACACACACACACACACACACACACACACACCGUCUCUAGGCUGGAAUCGAUGCUCGAGAUGACAGCAUGAGUCUAGAUCUUGGAAAAGCAUGAAACGCACCGAGGAGAGCUGGAUGUGUGGACGUGAAGUAAACAAUCAAUUGUCAGACUCGAUGUUCAGCUUGAUGCCCGGCAUUAGAAAAGAGAGAAGAUCAGAAAUACUGUAGGUUUCACGAUGGAGGACACCCAGCAGAAACCUGCAGAGCCAGAUCCAAGCCCAGGACCGAGUCCAGCCCCUAGUCCAGCACCCAGUCCAGCGCCAAGCCCUCUACUCGACAGAAUCACCCUGCCUGCUGGCAACCAUGUCGAGCACCUAAAUGUGAACCAGAUCCAGGUAGUGGUACGGCGCUGCUCCACUCCAAAUGUGACGGAGGAGACCACCUAUUUCAUUCCUCGUAACCCCGUGGUGGACGCUGGCACUAACACAGACCCUCCGGUGGUCUGCUGCCCGCUGCUUCGAAGAUUUUGCCCGUGUCCACCAAGAGGCCUUCUCGCCUCCUUCAUUACCAAAGUUCUUCUGGCAGCUGUGCUCUUUGGGGUUAUUUGGUCCGUCACAGAAGAAGAAUGUCUCCCAGGAGGGAACCUGUUUGGAAUCACGGUUCUCUUCCUCUGUGCUCUGAUUGGUGGCAAACUGGUUGCUUUCAUCCGGCUGCCGAAGCUUCCACCAUUCCCACCACUCCUUGGUAUGCUGCUGAUGGGAUUCCUGCUGAGGAAUAUUCCAGUUGUGACUGAUGGGGUGUACAUUAACUUCAGAUGGUCCGCAUCACUGAGGAACAUCGCUCUGGCGGUAAUCCUGGCCAGAGCGGGUCUGGGGUUAGAUCCCAAGGCUUUGAGGAAACUCAAAUCCGUGUGUGUCCGUGUGGCGGCCGGACCCUGCUUGAUGGAAGCCUGCACUGCAGCUGUGAUCUCUCACUUCCUCAUGGGCUUGCCCUGGGUGUGGAGCUUCAUACUUGGCUUUGUGCUGGGUGCUGUGAGUCCAGCGGUGGUGGUUCCCUCCAUGCUACAGCUGCAGAAGGAUGGAUACGGUGUAGAGAAGGGCAUUCCCACCCUGCUGAUGGCUGCUGGGAGCUUUGAUGAUAUUCUUGCCAUCACAGGGUUCACCACAUGCUUGGGCAUGGCCUUUGCUACAGGCUCCACCUGGUAUAACCUGCUGCGAGGUGUUCUGGAGGUGGCAGGAGGGACAGCUGCUGGGAUCCUCCUUGGCUUCCUCAUCCAGUACUUUCCUAGUGUCGACCAGAAACACGUCGUGAUGAAGCGUUCCUUCUUGGUGUUGGGUCUGUCCAUCUUUGCCGUGUUUGGCAGUGGUGUUGCAGGCUUCCCAGGCUCUGGGGGGCUUUGCACCUUGGUGUUGGCGUUCCUGGCUGGCAUGGGCUGGGGACCAGAAAAGGCGCGUGUGGAGGAAGUGGUGAGCUGGGUGUGGGACGUGUUUCAGCCUCUCCUGUUUGGACUGAUAGGGGCUGAGAUUCGAGUGUCCAAGCUGGAGGGAUGUACAGUUGGUCUGGGCAUAGCCUCUCUCCUCAUUGCGCUACUGGUCAGGAUCCUCUUCACGCUUGUGUGCGUGCUGCGCGCUGGCUUCAACGUGAGGGAAAAAGUCUUCAUAGCUCUUGCAUGGAUGCCCAAAGCAACAGUGCAGGCAGCAAUAGGUCCCACGGCUUUAGACAUGGCGAGGAUGAGGGACGACGAGCAGCUACAGGAGUACGGUAUGGACGUGCUUACUGUGGCUGUGCUUUCCAUCCUUCUCACGGCACCCAUGGGAGCUCUCAUCAUUGGGCUCUGUGGACCUCGUCUGCUGCACAAACCAAUGAACACGGCCUGUGGUGAUCGAGUCAAACCCAAUUUAUCAACAUUUUUCUUGGGCACCGCAGCAGGAGGUGAAGAUGACACUGAAACUCCAGUCACGUUUGAAAGCACGCUCUGACAUCAACAUCGGUUUAAUAAAACUCCUCAAACCUGA